AUGAAUGAAAGAAUGGACUUCACUCGUCCAUUUCCAAACAUUUCCUUUCAGGAGUAUGUGAAAAUAUACCAAAAAGUAACUGAACUCGAAUCUAUUCAUGAACAAUACGAUGAUUUACUUACAAAACUUGAGAAUACUAAUCAUGAAUUGCUUCUAUACUUGCAUCACUAUAGAUAUCGACUUCCAUGGAUGAUCGCAAAGCAUCAAAAAAAUUUCCAAGUUGAAAAAUUAUAUUCAAUUCACAGACCAGAAACAGAUAAAUUAGUAAGAUGCGAAAUACCAGAGAUUGUCGACUUCUUUAAGUCAUUGAUUAAUGAUAGACUAGAUAUCAUCAAAAUUCUUGCACAUAAUGAGAUAAUUAUAUCUAAAUCAGAACCAGUUUUAUUCAACAAUUGCGAAACAGCUCUUGAUUCUUUUAUUUCUUCAUUAGUUAUACCGAAUUUAUUUGGAAAUUUCAUUGGCCAACAAAAUGUAGAUGAUUUCAUUGAAGCUGUAGGAAGAGCAUUUGAUUCAUUUGCCGAACAGCCUUUUGAUUUUAUUCUUAACUUUGAUUCUUCAUUUUUAUGCAGAGUAUUACGUGAAUUCUUCUUUUCUCCUUUCUUCAGAGAGUUCGUUGGCGAACAAUUUUCAGGAUUUCUCAGUUUCUUUACGUUUAAGAAAUCAAAUAAUGAUCAAAUUUCUUGUUCUCGUUUCCAAAGCUUCCUAAGCUUAUUUUUCUCAGAGUUUUCGCAACCAUUACAGACAGCACCCACAUUUUUCAGAAAGCUCUUCCAAAGAAUGGCCGCAAAUUUUAAUCCAACACACAUCGUUGCUACAGUCAUAUUAAAUAGCUUAAUCAUACCUAUGAUCGGAUUCCCAACUGUAUUUUCCGCUCUACCUAAUUAUCAACAGUUCCAUGUUGAAAAUUUAGAUACUGCACGUUUCUUACGUUAUUACGCCGGAAUUAUCUGUGGACUUCCACUUCCUGAUGAAUUUCAAGAUUUUCCGAUUAUAGAAACCUAUGAUCGCUUUGAUAGUUCAAUUUUUACAAAUUUAGUUGAAUUUUUAAUGAAACCGAUCGAUCCUGAAGCUCCCUGGAAUGUUCCUGAGAACAAAACACUCUCAAUGAAUGCCGCCGCACUUAAAAAGAUGGCGAGAUUGCUUGGAAAAGAAGUCCCUCUUUUAGAUAACUACAGUGACACUCAUAUUGUGCUUUGUUCUCAAAGAAAAUCACUUAGAACACAUUAUCUCGAUGUUAAGAGGAAUUUCCAGUUGAUUGCACACGCAUUUCUGAAAAAUAAUCCUUAUCACCACACACAGUUGCCUCCAUCAAUAAGAGGUGAGAUUGCUUUGACCAUAAAUGAAUCUCCCGAUGAAUUCGUGGCCGCAGUUGAAUCCAAAAUUUUGAAAUUUUCGGAAUCAGCUGUUGACAUCCAAGAAAAGACGGAAACGAUGGAUAGAAUUCUAAAUGCAACUAAGAAGGAAUUCUAUGGUGCCGAAGCGAACCUCGCAGUUCUUUUUGUUCGCAGCAUUAUCGAAGACAAAAGUUUCAAAAAUGAGCAUAUUAAAAAGAAGAAUUUGAUGAUGAAGGAUGGAAACUACUUCUGCAACUUCAUUGUCUCGACUAUUGAGAAUUACAUAUCGAAAAACUCAUGGGCUUCGACAAUGAUCACUCAUAUCGUGAAAUACUUUUUAGCUUUCAUCAUGCAGAGCUUCCCUCUGCAGGCAUUUGCAGAUGCACAUCCUGAACUUAAGGUUCUCGAUCAGAAAUUCGCAGAAAGAAAAGAAAAUGAACUCAAAAAUAUCGAAAAGAAUGGUUACGAUGAAAAAGUGGCAAAAUUACUAAAAAGUGACAUAAUUUUAACACCAGCUUUGAAUGCAGUAUUAAGUUCUCAUCUUUACGAGAAUCCCAUUGAAAGCUCUCUCCAAAUUGUCCUUGCUGUGAGCACUGUUGAAGAUUUGUUUACUUUCCAAUAUAAUGAACCUCCAGAAGGAAAUCAACUGAUGCCAUUGAUGGCGAACUUGUUUAUUACAUCUCCUGCACCAAGUCCAUUGACUUUCAGCAAGUGGUUGGCACAUUUCGUGCAACCAGUUAUCAAAGCAAAACCAGAUUGGUUCAGUGGAGAUGAUUUCCACUCUCUUGAACACUUCUUCCAAUUCAACGCGUGGAUGGAAGAUGUGAUCAAUGAUAAUAUUUGA